GCGCCUAGCUCACUUCCCUUCCGGACGGGAGAGGUGGAGGUUAUUGCCUCGUCGUUGGUCUGGACUUUGGUCCCUCCUCCACGCUUAGUCCCGAACUUCGGAGGAAGGCGUUAACGUUUGUUCUUCCUCUACGCCCGAGCGCGGCGUGGGCUGCUUGUGACCGCGUCCUUUCCGCUGAAGUUGAGAGAUCGCCGUAAGCCGCCGGCGACCAUGUCCAACUACGUGAACGACAUGUGGCCCGGCUCGCCGCAGGAGAAGGACUCGCCGUCCACCUCGGGGUCGGGCCACUCGAGCCGCCUGUCCUCGCGCUCCCGCUCGUCGUCCCGAAGCACCCGGUCCCGCUCGCGCUCCUCGGGCCGCUCGUCCCGGAGCCGCAGCCGACCCCGGCGGAGCCGCAGGUCCCGGUCCCGCUCCCGCAGGCGUCACCAGCGCUUCCGGCGCUACUCGCGCUCGUACUCGCGGAGCCGCUCGCGCUCCUACUCGCGCAGCCGCCGGCACCGAGACGGCUACUACGGACGGCCGCGGAGGUAUUACCAGUCCCCCUCGCCGUACCGCUCCCGGAGCCGCUCGCGCUCCCGCGGGAGGUCGCAUUCGCGGAGGUCGUACUACGCGAUCACGCGCGGGCGCCGCUACUACGGCUUUGGCCGCACCGUGUACCCGGAGGAGCACGGCCGGUGGAGGGCGCGAUCUAGGACGAGGUCGCGGAGCAGGAGCGCAACCCCUUUUCGCCUGACCGAGAAAGAUCGCAUGGAGCUGCUAGAAAUUGCAAAAGCCAAUGCAGCUAAAGCUUUGGGAACAACCAACCUUGUCCUGCCAGCCAGUCUCCAGACAGUUCCUGCAGCUAAAGACACAAGCAGGGGUGCAAAGAGUGAGCUGUCAGAAAAGCAAACAGAAGAUGAAACUAGAAGUCCCAAUGAGAAAUUAUCCCAACAAAGAAACAUAGCCUUCAGCUCUAAUAAUUCUGUAGCAAAACCAAUACAGAAAACAGCUAAUGCUGAAGUCACAUCGUCAGGAUCACCAAAAAUAGAUAAGAAAAAAAGUCCAUAUGGGUUGUGGAUACCUGUCUAAAAGAAAAUUAGUGGCUAAUGUUGCCUACAACUGCACUUUACUGAAUAGGUCUGUUUCUGGAAAAAUCUGAGUCUACUUUGCUAGCAAUUGAUUUUUUAAAAACCAAUGGGGAAAGAUAGAAUGAUAAAGAAUUAACAGUUGAUGUUUUUCUUGAAGAUAUCUAUCGGCACAAAUGGACCAGCGAUUCAAUACAGGUGGGAGUCUUGUAUAUAUAGUUGUAAAUAUUGUAUAGUAUCAUUUAUUGAAGUGAACCUUGAUACAGUGUGUACUGUUUUGUACAUUUGUUAAUAAAUUUGUUAUUAUUUGU